CGGAGGCAGGGCAUGGCGCUGCCGGGGGAGCGCGGCGCGGAGCCCCAGCCCGGCGCCUCCCGCCCCGCCGAGGAUGAGGAGGACGGCGGCGGGGCCGGCGGGCAGCCGGAGGCGCUGUCGCUGGGGGAGAUCCUCAGGCUCUACAACCAGCCCAUCAACGAGGAGCAGGCGUGGGCCGUCUGCUACCAGUGCUGCGGAUCCCUUCGGGCCCGCGCCCGUCGCGGAGAGACCCCCCUCGCCAGGCUGGGGGCGGCCGCCCACCUCCGCGUCUGGCGGGACGGCACCGUCACCCUGGAACAGGGCGAGCCCCACCGUCCGCCACCGCCCGCCGCAGAUAAAUCGGGCCGUUUACACUGCACAGAAAUGGAGGUAAUUGAAUCACUGGGGAUUAUUAUAUAUAAAGCCCUGGACUAUGGUUUGAAGGACAAUGAAGAGCGGGAAUUAAGUCCUCCGCUGGAGCAGCUUAUUGACCACAUGACUAAUACCACAGAAACAGAUGGAAGCAGAGAUGAAGGAUAUGAUGCUCUGGAUGAAGGAGUGGAAGAUGAUGAUGAUGACAAAGAAGAAGUUGAGGCCAUUCAUUCCUAUAAAGAUGUCAUGAAGCUGUGUGCUGCCCACCUGCCAACCCGAUCAGAGGCACCGAACCACUAUCAAGCAGUAUGUCGGGCUCUGUUUGCUGAAACAAUGGAACUGUACACUUUCUUGGCCAAAAUUAAAAGUGCAAAAGAGAAUCUGAAGAAGAUUCAAGAAAUGGACAAAGGGGCAAGUGAUGAAUCCAGCACAGAUCUUGAUGAAUUAAAAAAUGCCGACUGGGCUCGUUUUUGGGUACAGGUGAUGAGAGAUUUACGGAAUGGUGUUAAACUUAAGAAGGUUCAAGAGCGUCAGUACAACCCACUCCCAAUAGAAUAUCAGCUCACACCCUAUGAAAUGCUGAUGGAUGAUAUUAGAUCCAAACGCUAUACCUUAAGGAAGGUCAUGGUCAACGGUGACAUUCCACCUCGAUUAAAAAAGAGUGCCCAUGAAAUAAUCCUGGAUUUCAUCCGAUCGCGACCUCCAUUAAAUCCUGCCUCGGCAAGAAAACUGAAACCAACCCCACCACGGCCACGCAGCCUUCAUGAAAGGAUACUGGAGGAAAUCAAGGCAGAGAGGAAGUUACGUCCGGUUUCACCUGAUGAGAUAAGGCGUAGCAGGCUGGCAAUGCGGCCACUUAGCAUGUCUUACAGUUUUGACUUGUCAGAUGUAUCUACGCCAGAGGCUGGAAGAAAAUUAUUGGAUGCCUCUGUAGUGAACGGUGGCCUGGCACCACAAGGAAAGCAGAAUGGGGCCACGCAAGUGACAGUACAGCGCAAGAGACUCCUUAAGGCUCCCACGUUGGCUGAACUUGACAGCUCAGAUUCAGAGGAGGAAUCGGUGCACAAAUCAACGAGUAGCAGCAGCAUCUCGCCCUCACAAGUGGAAGACCCCUCUCAAGAAGGUACCAGCAGCAGAAAGAUGCCUCCAAAGUUCUUGCCCAUAUCAUCUACGCCACAGCCUGAGAGACGGCAGCCACCUCAGAGACGACACUCCAUUGAAAAGGAAACGCCAACCAAUGUGAGACAGUUCCUACCACCUUCAAAACAGAGCUCCAGAUCACUUGUUCCUAGGAUAACCCGUUUAUUUCCAAGGAUGACUUUCAGACCACUUUUUUCAACUAUGCAAACAGCUUCUCUGCUCAGCUCUCAUCCCGUUGAAGCAGCCAUGUGCGGGGUGGCAGGGGCUAUGUACUAUCUCUGUGAGAGAGCUUUUGCCAGCAGGUGGAAACCCGCAAAGGAGGAGUUCUGUUACCCGGUGGAAUGUCUGGCUCUGACGGUGGAGGAGGUGAUGCACAUCCGUCAGGUGCUGGUGAAGGCAGAGCUGGAGAAGUACCAGCAAUACAAAGAUGUCUACACUGCUCUCAAGAAAGGAAAGCUCUGCUUUUGCUGUCGAACAAGAAGAUUUUCGUUCUUUACCUGGUCUUACACUUGUCAGUUCUGUAAGAGGCCUGUAUGCUCACAGUGUUGCAAAAAGAUGCGGUUGCCAUCAAAGCCAUAUUCUACUCUCCCCAUCUUCUCACUGGGACCUUCAACCUUGCAAAGAGGAGAAAGUUUUAUGAGGCCAGAGAAACCCUCUACCAGUCACCACCGAUCACUGCGGAGCAUGUCCAGGUUGACCUCAAGGUCCAAAUCUGUGGAUAAGUCACACGAAGAGUUUCCCAAAGAAUUAAUGGAGGACUGGAGCACGAUGGAGGUGUGCGUGGACUGCAAGAAAUUUAUUUCAGAAAUCAUCAACUCCAGCCGGCGCAGCCUGUCCCUGGCCAACAAGCGAGCCAGGUUAAAAAGGAAAACACAGUCCUUCUACAUGUCAUCGCCGGGAACCUCCGAGUACUGCCCCUCGGAAAGGACUAUCAAUGAGAUCUGAGCCUUGUGCCUUUUCCUUUGCUUUCGUCUUCAUGAGGUCAUCAUCCAUGGGCAAGGUCACUGAAACUGGAUUAUCAUCCCGUUGCUUCAGUUUCACCUGACUGGCUUGAAUUUGCAUUAGGUCACAGGAUUUCCUACUCCAACGGUUCCCGGGGACGCAGGACGCUGUGUGUGGGUCUGUGCAGAAUGAUACCCCACGGGUCAGCUGCUCCCACUGGGAGAAAAUCAGUAGUUUGAGAUUGUUGCCUCUUUUGUAUGUGCGCGUUGAAACUAGAAAGCCUUUUCUUGCUUUCAAUCUUUUUUUUAACCACGCUUUGAAUCAUUUUUCAGGAGAUGAGCUGAAAACGUCACGUUUAAUGGAGAACCAAAUCUAACAAGGUGUCAGUGUUAGCAGGGUAGCAAACAGUAAGUCAUAUUGGCAUCACCACCCUCGGGAUGCUCACGUCCUAGUGGAAACAGCAAAGUGCUGCAGCGCGCACCGGGCAUGGAGCGUCAGCAGCUGGGGUCAAAACCAUCUUCCUUUGAACUGCUUUGGUUGCUCUCAGAUCAGGGUUCAGCACGGGACUCUACAGUCUGUGUCCUGGGGCAAAAUAAUGCUGUGAAGCUCUUUGCCCGUGAGGUUGGCCGUUCCCCUGAGCUGCGGUACUUUUUAAGCCUUAGUGUACUUCUAAGUGUCUCCUGAGCAGGUUUUAGUAGUUUACUUUCUAUCUUGAAUGUAUGACGAUGACUUACUAGUAGCAGUGGAUUUUAGUAGUAGGCAGAGUUGUACAGUUUAUGGGGAGGAUGGGAAAUAAGGGAGGCUUCUAAUUUUACCUGAACACCUGUAAAGUUGUUCUCGUUGUUACUCAGAGGAAAUGGUGGGUAAGGUGUACAUUUGUAUCAUAAUGGAGCACACAAAUACUGCUAUAGUUACGUCUGACAGCAUAUCCGCUGAGAACCCCAUUUUUUCUGGGGUUUAUAACUUGGCUGUAAAAAAUCGUGUUCUGCUGAAAUUUGGGACGGUGCUGUCUCAGAUUGGGAGCAAUCUCUCUCUUUUUUUUUUCUUUUACCUUUUUUCAUUCUUUUUCCCUUUUUGAUUCACCUACGAAAGAGUGCUAGACUAGGUGUUUAGAAGUUCCAAGAAUGUUACAAUGUUAACUGACGUCUCAUGCUUUUUUGCACUUUUUUUUUAUUAUAUAUUCUAAAUACUUUUUUUAAAUUCAGGCAUAGCCAGAGUUUAGUGAAUAAUUUGGGGCCAGAUCAUUUUGGUAUUUAAAAACAAGCUAACAUAGCCAAGAUAUUAAUACUUGAAAAUCAACUACUGUAACUUUUUCAUAAAAUUUUUAAUACCCUGAGGCAUAUUUAAUAUCUAUAUAGCAGUGUAUUAUAGAAUGAACUAGCAGAAAAGUUUCAGAUCUAUUUAUUAACAUUUCUAUACUUCAAGUUAAUGAGAGAUACCUCAGAACUGCUCCAAAGUAGCUGGGUCUGGAUUUCCGUAACAUGAUUUUAAAGAUGUAUUAAUCACAGCAGAUUCUCCCGUCCGAAUCUCGUGCAUCGAUAAGCCCAGGAGAAGGCAGAGAGCCCCCCCAGCCCCGGGAAGGCACAGCCCGGAGGCCGUGGGGCACCGGGGCUGGUUGGUUCCCCUGUGGUAGCUGGGCUCCAGCCCCGCUGUGGGCUGCCUCCUCUGCCCAGGGGAACAAGGCUUCCCCUUCAAAGCGUAUUUCCAUGUUACGUUGCAGCCUUCGGAGCAGGCACUCGUGUCAUAUCUUUUGAAGUUGAUUUGAAAAGCACAUGCAAAAGUCUCCUUAAACCUUCCCAGGGACUCAUCCGUCUUUAUUUUUCUUUAAACGCCCCCUUGGAAAAAUGAGAAUUUUGGCAUAUGCAGGGCUUAUUGAAAGAAUGUUUUUAACUUUUGCUGAACCAAUGCAAAGAGGAAAACCAGGGCUCAGGGCUAACUCUCCAUCGUAGCUGUCCCGUGUAAGGUCAGCUCUCCUGGCCCUCUCCUCGGGAUGCCUCUGGAAGCGGGCACGUCCCAGCACCUGGAGUACUGGCAGGAGAGGAGGCUGUAGGAUGGCAGGGGGUGAGCAGCACAGACAGGCUCAUUGGAGAGCUCUGCUCUUGCUGGAAGGGUCACCUGAUCUCAGUCACAUCAGCACUUUUUCUCAUUUCUGUGCCAAAACCCGGCCGUGUGUUUGCUGCACAGUGCAUCAGGAAAACUCGACCGAAAGAAAGGCGUGAAAUCUCGCUUUGUGUCUCCCCCGUUGUUGUUCUUAGCAUUUUCUCCUGGAGAUGCCCCAGCCACACGCUACGGUCGCUCAGUCCUCUGCGGGCAGCCCUCUCCCCUGGCAUCCUCAGGCUGCUGAGGUGCAAGGUAUCCCGUGUGCUUAUGUUCCCCUGAGAGAGGGAUGUAGGAUGUUGUGGAGCAGGCAGGAUCCAAGGGCUGAGUCCUGAGUGUGCAGAGGGAAACGAGUCCCUGUGGCACGCCUGUGUCCCCCUCUGCCUCAGCAGUGUCCAGGACAACUCUGGGGAAGCAGCAGAGCCUCGGGAUCCAGCUUUGCCCUCCCAGGAUGGCCCGUAGCCCUUGGCUCAGGCCAGGCUCUUCUUUGCUAGCCCAGGUGUGAACACCAAACGCCGCCAUGGUGGUACGGACUGCUCCGUGUUGCUUAUGCGGAGCUGCUGUGGGGCAGAGCAUGGAUACCUGCCGUUUUCCCUGGAAAAAUCCCUGUGGGCUGCUGCGAGACGUUGCAGCAAGCAGUAGGAAAGGUGGUGCAGGGGGCUGCCUCCCCCCUCCCUCUCGGCCACGGUUGCUCCGCGUUACCCUGGCAUUUCGUUGGGCAGCAGGGGAAGCGGGGGUUGGUUUGUCACGCGGAGCCUGAAGGAGCUCUGUUGCCUGGAUCUCGGCAGAGUGGGCUAUUUUUAGCUUUCCAUCUCGCUGCUUGCGCUAGCAUCCCAAAUCCACUGCAGCCAUUUGUUUGCCUGCGCGCCCCGCGGUGCUGCCCAGCAUGUCCUACUUACGCUCUGAACUUCACGUUAGCCUCAGAGGAGGAAAUCAGAAGCUUGUAAAUACCUGUAAUAUAUUUAUUAAUAUUUAGGAAGCCUCCAUGGAUCAUGCAGUGGGAAUUGACUUUCCCAUGAUGUUUUAAAAAGGAAAUGAGUCUUAUUUAUAUGUGUGUUGGCUAUUCUCUUUAUUACAGUUAACGCUUUCAGCCCCCUACUACAGUUUGCACUCCGUAGGCAUUUUAGAGGGAAUUACUGCUGGAAAGAACGUGGGACCAGCACGGUGAGCUCCCUCCCAGGAGGUUUUUUCCAAAUCUUUAAAGUUUUUUCUUAGCUUUAUUAAUAUGCCCAAGGUCUGUUUAAAUAUGUCAUAGGAGACCCGGGGAGUUAGACAAACGCCACUGGCAGCAUCAGUUUUGUUUGGUAUGUGAACCUGGUUGUGGAGAAUUCAGAAGCAGCUCUGCCUCACGGUGGCGGUGGAGGAGGCGAGCUGGCCUGUGCUGCAGCUCCCGCCCGUCCAAAACCUGAAGCUUCAGAUGUUCACGGUGACAAGAUGGCUUUGGGGGUUUGUUGCUUUUUUCCCCUAUUCCCCAUUAUUUCCUUUAUACAGGGAGGGGCUGUUACCUGACGAAAAUAAAAUGCCUUUCCAUUCUAGCCUUUGUCUGUGUUAAUUAUUCACAUGGAAGCUGAUUUAAAGGUUCUGCCUCUCUCCUUGUCUUCUUCAUGCUUUCAUGGUUUUGCAACAUCAGUCAGACGUUUCUUUUGGCAAAGAAUUGUUAAUGAAAAUGAUUGAAUAACAGCUGAACUCUGGCUGGGUUGCAUGAAGGGAGGGAAACAUGUUGAAGUACUCUUAGAAUAGCAAUAAAACUGCUUGUGUAACCCCAGUGAUGUGAUUAGCACCGAGUCACCGUUCCCAGCCCGCUCUCUCUGUUACCUAUGUGUUGCUGCUUCCAACACUGCCGCUCUGUAGCCGAGGCACGCUUGUCCUGCCUCUCAUACCUAUGGGCUUUGGGAAAUCUCCAUCCCUCAGCUUUGGGAGAAACGCUGGCAGUCUUUUGGAGAGGUUUUAAUUGGUUGAUUUUAGUUUUUAAGCCAGAAGUGGAGAGAACAUCGUUAGCACAACUAUUACGUUCUUCUCUCUCUCUCUCAAGCUCCCUUUUCCCCCCGGGCAAGUUCAGCAUCAGCUUCCACUGUUAGUCACUGGCUGCAUGCUCUACAGGUUAAAACUAAUUUAGAAGCUCCAACUUUAGGCUCCUGAUGGCUACCUUUGUGCUUUACCUCAUCCAGCAGCUCCCUACAUCCUUUAGGAAUGUCUGUCUUAGGAGCUGGGUCUCAUCUGUGAAACAGUGACAGCACACAGGCAUGAGGGAAAGGUGCCGCGACUGUACGCUCUGGUGCUACAGCAUAUGGAUUAUGUCAAUGGUACCGUAAAAUUUUAUAGUAUUUCCAUGUUGAUAACUUGGAGCUGCUGUGGUUUAUUUCUUCUUCUUUUGUAUGUAUGUAUCCUAAGGCCAAUCUGAGAAUGUUUAUGACUAUUGAUUCCAGCUAUAAAGAUCUGUUUUGUUGUUUCUGUCUGAUUUUUAUGACUGUGUUUCACGUUUUUCGGUUCCUGAAAUUACUGUUCACCAAAACUUCCUGGCAGGAGACAAACCAGAGAGGGACAUCAGCUCAGUCUGAGGUGAUACACAAGACACAGAACCCUUUUCCUCACACAUUAGUGUAACUCCAUGAGUGUUGUCCUCACGGCAGCUCCAUUGAGUCCAGCGCCGCAGUCCCCUCUUUCAGCUUGACGCUGAAAAAUCCCAGAGCUGCUCUUGUUGCUCAGUUUACCUGGCACAAGUUGUGAGCCUUUCUGCGCCCCGGGGUCCCUGUCUGCAAAACCAGGGUCCAUAAAGAGUUACAACUGCUUAAAGAACUUUGAGAAGUGAGUGCUCCGUGUCAGGGCAAACAGGAUCCCACCUCUUGAAAGCAAUGAGCUAAACAAGUUAUCAAAUAGGCACAGCAAAUUUCAUGUGGUGGUAGGGUUGCUUGUUGAUUUGCACUGAACUGCAAUUCAGUAACUUUCUUGUUUCUCCUCUGGUGGGGCUGUUUUGUGGAGCAGCUCCUGCCUGACCCCAGUGCCGGAGCCAUGGGGAGCCUGGGCCUUGUGCCCUGAAAUAGUGACAGGAGAUGCUGCACUCUGCAAAGGUCAUCGAGAUGGUUUUUAUAGAGCAAUUCUAGAGGAAGCCAUUUGGAAUAGACCUUUCCAUAGCUAAUAAAAAAUCCAUUUUUAAGGAGACAGUCUUUCAAGGUACCAGGCUACUUCGUUUACAGUCACAGCUGGAAAAGACCUGUUUGAUUAUUAACCCAUUUGAUUAAAAAAAAACGCAACCCUGCAAGUGCAAAAAGGUGAUCAUACAAUGUGGGGGAAAAAAAAAAUACAUUGUUGGUGCCUGGCCUGCAGUUGCAGCGCUGACACAAAGCUACGGGCCCUCCCUGCCCGUCCCUUACCAGAGCCAGGUCAGCGCCGAGCAGCGGGAGGGCCAGGCCUCGGCUGCUGCAGGACAGGCCAUGGGGCAAAGCUCCCGUGGGGCAUUGUCACAGGGUGACAAAUCCUGAAUUAAAGGACACGGGCACGAGCUGCUGCAACUUCUGCAGGAGGUUGGCUUCCCAAGCUUGGUGGAAAUAAGGACCAGGUGACACGUGUCUAGAGAGGGGCUGCGUUCUGGUGGCUUCUGUGGAGGCCGAGGCUUUGGCUUAGACCUUGAAGAUGGGCACAGUUCUACUGCAGGGGCUGGUGGCCACGUUACCUGUGAGUCAGAAAGCAAAACAAAGGCACGAGGAGUGUAUUUGUGCUGUAUUUCUGUUAAAGCUGGUUCCCCCUCUCCUUCAGUGAAGGAACAAGGAAAAUCCAAAACGGGAAAUGCACUUUUUGGACAUUACCAGGCCCAAAGCACAAACCCUUCCCUGCUGUCACUGCGCCUGUACCCACUGUGCGGCUUCAGGGACACCUGGGGCAUCAGCUCUGACAGAGAAAGGCAAUAGAAUCAUCUUCUUGCUUGUUUUCAUGUUCUGUGGUACUGAAAUGCAACUUCUUGUUUAUGCGUUAUUAAUAAAAAGCUCUUUAAAACA